GUUCUUAGAGUACUUCCCUAACCACAAUGACAUGCGGUUUUCCUCCGUACCACGCGGGGGCGGUCAAGCUCACCUGCAGUCAGACGAAGAAGUCGUCCUUCAGACUCUGGACCGCCAGCUUUUCUGGUUCGGUUUGGAGCUCAUUGUUUCCACCAGGAGAGGCUCGUGUCCGGCAGUGGGAUGUCCGUUUUGACCAGUCAGACUCUUCGGGACCAGCUGUCCGGGAUCUUGGCCGCGCUAACUCGAGCGGCCGUGGAGGAGAUCCUCGGGCUGAUGGACGAGGGCUACGCGGUGCUGCAGACGGAAAUCGCCCGGAGCCACAAGGAGAACCAGGACCUGAGGAAGAAGCUGCACCUCAUCGAGUCCAUCAUCGGCCGCGGGACCUGCGGGGGUCUGCUGGCCGGGCCGACGGUCGUGGAGAAACAGCCUGAACCGACGAAACCUCAGCGGGCGGAGGAGCCGGAGCUUCCAGAUGUGGUGUUGAUCAAAGACGAAGACACGGACACGGACAGCAAUGACGGCUUCAGCCAAGAGCCGACACACUCUGACUCUGCGGUCAAGACCAAACCUGCCGAAGGAAGGAAGUCGCCGACUCACACCUCCACACCUGUCUACCAAGUGGACUCCCCUCGAAGUGAGCCCAGCUGCUCCACACCGCUCUGCAUGGACACAGCGGGGGCGAGCCAGCUGACUCUGCACGGCAGUCAGAUGGACUCAGUGAUGGAGCCGUGCUCGGAAGGAGCGGAGCUGGACUCCACGUGGAGCAAGCCUUCCCAGAGUCACGUGACCUUCCCGCAGUACGGCCAGAGCGAGGACGGAGAGUCCUUCAACCUGGUGAUCACAGGGGUCCGGGGCUCAGGCUCCCAGGAACCGCAGCUGUUGGAAAACACCACCUUUCAGUAUGAGUUCUGCCGCGACUCCAAGUUUGGUGACUCGAGGACGCAACGCUUCGUCUGCGCGGUCUGUAACAAGACAUACGCUACGUCGCAGAACCUGGCGGUGCACAUGCGGACCCACACGGGCGAGAGACCCUUCUCCUGCACACAGUGUGGCAAGAAGUUCACGCAGUCGGCUCACCUGAAGUCGCACCUGAGCAUCCACUCAGGCAUGCGGCCCUUCAACUGCUCGCUCUGCUCCAGAGGCUUCAUCUCCAAAUACUCGCUGAGGCUGCACAUGAAGAAACAGCACUCCAACAUCUGAGCCCAGGACUCGGCCCACCUCAAGCCCAGCUCCCUAGUGAGCAGCAGCACCUUUUUUAAUAUGUUUUUAAAUUUGGAUGAGAAAGCUAUGUUCAUAUCAACAAGCCCUCAGUUUAGCUCUCAGAAACUCAGAAAAGAUUUUGUCCCACAGAUUGACCCUCUCAUACUUUUCUUCCGCCGGUUGUUUAUUGUGAUUUUACCGAGGGUCUGACUCCCAGGUAACCAGCUGAAGUGCAUGUGCUCAGUCUGAAUCCACUGAGCAGGAAGACCUCCUCCCUCUGGGGUCAGCAGUGGGACUGGACAAUCAGGUGGGGCAGCGCCUCCUGGCAGGUGCUUGGUGGCGUAAAGACGUUGGGGUCACUGAUGCCCAGCUGCAGGCUGAAGAAGCGCGUGGAGGUGACCAGGCUGCUGUUGAAGCUGUAGGUUUCCUGGACCGGGUAGCAGUCCUUCAGGGUGUAGACCCCCACCCAGGUCUCGUCUGAGGAGAGAGCCACAGGGGUUACAGCAGAGGCUGCGUCAAGAGUGAUUAUUUUCUCCACAAUCGUGCUCGCUGUAAAUGAUGAAUAAAAUUUUUGAGACCUGUCAAUCAACUAUUUGGGAGCGCAGGUAGACUUCGUCCCCUUCAGGUGAGGCAGGGGGCGGGACUUACGUUUGCGUGCUGGCUUCCUGU